AUGGCAGUAAUUCUGGGGAAGACAGCAGAACAAGCAACAUCUGGAGUAGCAGGGAGAGGAACGACAACAGCAGCAUCUGGAGUACUUGGGAAGACAACAACAACAACAACUGGACGACAACAACAACUAGAUGACAGGAACAACAACUGGAGACAACAACAACAACUGGAGGACAGGGAAGACAACAAGAGACAGGAGGAGGCAACAACAACUAUGGAUAACUUGGGAGACACAAGAAACAACAACAACAACUGGAGUAACUUAGGGAAGAACGACAACAACAACAACAAGAGAGAACAGACAUUAGGAAGAGCAGGGGAGACAGAAGACAGCAACAACACAACAGGAAGAAGACAACAACAACAACAGGGA